AUGAAGAAAUACAACCACAUUCAAACGAAGUGCAAGAAUUACAAUCACCAUUCGGAAGGCUCUCUUCCUCACAGAUGCGGGACCCCGGCGCUCGGCCGGCGCACUAAGUCAUCCAACGCUGCCAAGAAUGCGUCCGAGGCUCAUAUCGCCUGUCAGGUAGCACAUAAAAUCGAGAGCCAACGUGUGCGUCGAAAACGAAACGAGAGGCGACAAGAGAGAAAGGCUGCCAAAACUCUAAGUGCUAUACUUCUAGCUUUCAUAAUCACGUGGACACCGUAUAACAUAUUCGCCGUCGUUGGGUCAUUUUGCCUGGCGUGUAUACAUCCCACAGUGUAUGCAUGCGGUUAUUGGUUGUGCUACAUCAACUCAACUGUCAACCCGUUCUGCUACGCUUUGUGCAAUGCGAAUUUCCGGAAGACAUUCUGGAAAAUCCUCCGGUGCAAGUGCAAAACAGGGUUUAACCGCGGACAUAAAGGUUCCAAAAGCGUAAUUCAACAUGCCUGGUUCGGUAUAAACAGUCGUCCAAAUUCCUGAUUAACAGUGCAAGCUAUAUAAGAAUGUGUAAUUAUUUGUAAAUACAUUUUGUAAUAAAUUUUCGAGAAAUACAUAUAUAUAAAAACAGUAGUCGACGAAAGAAAGUGAACAAAUGCAUUAAUUCGAACUCUUCUAACAUGUGUGACAUAUUGUUUGUGAACUGUCUACUUUUUAAUUGACACAACGACCGGUAAAACACCCUCUAUAAAAUCAAUAUUUAAUGAAAAAAAUAUGGGAGAAAAACUGAUCCUCUGCAAAUUUUUAAACGACUGAGAAAUCAAAUGUACAAAAUGUGAAAGGAAACUAUUCAUCACGUUGAGGUUAUUGAUAUUUAUUUUGCGAACGGAAAUUGGGUACAAGUAUACAUUUGUUAAUGAAACUAGUAUAUACACUAAGCCAGUUCUGACUCGUUGAUUUACUGUCAGGUGGAGGUCUUAAAAAUGUGCUAGAGAAAUCAUUGUAAAUAUACACCAUCGUAGAUGUUACAACUAAAAUAUUGUUCUUGACUCAUAAAAAGUAGCUUCCAAAUCAUACAAACGAAAUCUCUUAAACAGACACGACAUCUAGAUUAAAGAAACAUGUUAUAUAAAUUGCUUAUUACUUUGAUUACAUAACGUAUUGACUUUUUGAAUUGAUUAAUAAUUUUUAAAUGUAUUAUUUACUGAAUGGUUUGGAUUUUAAUUGCUUGCUUUUCAGACGGUUGAAAAAUUCAAGUGGCCAAGUUCCCUAAAUGCACGUUAUUUUUCUCUGUUUUACGUCAAUCGCCUCAAACGUAGUAAUUUGAAUAUUAAAACGAGUCAUGCAAUUGUAUUUUCUAAGCAUGAAUAAUAUCGGAAAAAACAAAGUUUAAUCAGAUGAAAAUUUCUGGCAGCAAUAAGAACUGCUAUUUUGAUAACAAAGCAAAACGGCUAUUAACAUUAAUCCCACAUAAUUAUGUAUUC